AUGGGCUUGGCAACUAGGCAGACCGGCAUCAUCAUCGCAUCCAUCUCCGGUGUAGUUAUCAGCCUAGUCAUCAUCAACGCCCUAGUAUUCAGACGCAACUUACCUUUCACAUUCUCUCGCCGCAGACCAGCUCCAAUGCACACAGACAUCGAGAUGCAGCGAAUUUCCACGGAUGCAAAAUCAACUCAGGGCGAGUACGAGCAAUACGGCGAACUGUUCAUUGCACCAAACAAGCGGCCCACACACGUGGCUAUCGACAUCAUCUCGCGCGUCGCAAUGGCUCACGGCCUGCCGGGCCCAACCAAGCCUGUUUCUUGUCUUGGUUCGAUGCCCAGAGACACGCCCCGAAUAUCCCUAGAUCUCCCGGCUUCGAUACAUCUUUCGAUUGCAGAAGAGGAAUAUACAUUAUCUGGGGAUGCGCUGUCUGCUGAGCGCCAAACAAGUAGCCAUAUUGAGGAUUUCCGCAGUUUCGACGCGCAGCACUAG